UUGAAAAAUCGAAGGGUAUGCUAGCUGUGUCAACUGGUUUCAGUGCAGUUCUAUAAAUUCUUUCAAAAGUUUUGGAGAAUAGAUAAAACGUCACCGUGAGAAUACUCAUUGAGCGGUAAUCGGCCGAUAAACAUACAUACAUUAGUCUUCUUAUCUAAGUGUUUGCUGUGUACUUGGACAUUCGACGCGUAAAUGUUUUGAUUUCUGAAUCGAGUAUUUAAUUCGAUACGUAAUAUUAUUAAACAUUAUCUAACAAGCAUUUGAUAAUCCAACGGAGAAUUACGGAUUUACAUUUCAGUUCAUCUUGUGAUAGUAACUUUUCAAAAUUGUCUUAGAUAUUUUUAGCAAUAAAAUCUCAAUGUGCAAAGUUCGGAUUUUUUUUUAAAGUGGGCCUCAAUAAAAAAUUAGAACUUAAUUGACAAUUAUCAACAAUGAAUGUGACACAAGUGGUUAACUUUUGGUGAAAUUGACUGGUACAUAAAGAAAGUUAAUCUCUUCCUAACAUGAAUUCAAAAAUUUUUAAAUUUGAAGUUGCCUUAGAAGCAAGUGUUUACUAACUAUUAUUUCUCGAAACGGUUUGCCAACAAUAUUUUAAUGGUGAUUUCCUGAUAGGCUAAAAACAUCAAAGAACCGAAAUAAGGCAGAUACCGUUUAGUUCAAAUGGAGACGCAAACUGAAAGGGAAAAUGCUGAAGCAAAUAAAAAUCUACUUACGUCAGAGCAAGUUCAAAAAGACUCGUUGGAGUCAAAUGCGUUGCGAAACAAGCAGAAGAAGCCACUUUUACGGGUAGCCGUUUUCCUAUGUUGUGGUAUUUUCAACACAAUAUUGGGUGCCCUGUCGAUACAUUAUAACUUUGUGGAAUUAAUUAUGGAAGAAAGAAUUCGCAUGAGACCUGGAUUGCCACCCUAUGAGCUAUGGCGUAAUCCGCCCGUCUCAGUAUUAAUUUCAGUCACAUUGUACAACGUUACUAACGCUAUUGAAUUUCUUGAUGGCAUCGACGACAGACUGAAACUCCAAGAAGUGGGUCCAAUUGUCUUUGCGGAAACAAUGCACCAGAAGGACAUAGUCCAUCACUAUGAAAACUCAACAAUGUCAUUCACUACGGAACGAUCGGUCAAAUAUUUGCCCGAACAGAAUGAUCCGGGGAUUUUGAAUAAGUCAAUGAUUGUAGUGAAUCCAACGCUAUUGGGCCUGGCGGCAUAUCUUCACGACUCGAAUUUCUUGCAAAAGUUCGCUUUCCGAAUGAUCUCAUCAAAUGACGAUGUAUUUUUACGACGAACAGUCUACGAAAUUUUGUGGAACAAUACGUCACCCAUGCUUGAAAGGCUCUCAACCAGCAUAUUAUCUGUAUUACUACCGCGAAAUAAUUCAGGAAUUAUGUACAAUGCUUACUUCCCCAAAGUUAGUCGGUACAACGUUCGUGUGGGUGUUAAGUAUGGUUUCAAAGAGUUCUUCAAAAUGAAUUCGUUCAAUGGCCAACCGACGAUACCAGGCUUUGAAGGAGAAACGCGAGCAACAUGCCCUGUAUGGCUGACCAACGCAAGAGAUGGAGCCAAUUUACCACCGUACAUGACCAAGGAUACGGUUUUAACUGUUUGGCGCGAAGAUGUGUGCACGACAGUCGAUUUCUUCUUCGAAAAAGAGAUAAAUUGGCGCAAUCUCCGGGCUUACAAAUAUGCUCCCCCUGCGAGCUCUUUCAACCGCCUUGCUAACCGGAGUUUGGAUUGUCACAGUGGUCAUGGUGAAAUCCCACUACCUAAUGGAAUAAUAGAUUCAUCAAUGUGUUCAUUCGACGUACCUACUGCAAUAUCAUUCCCACAUUAUUAUGGAAGCGAUGGGUUUUAUACUCAAUAUGUCGAGGGCAUGGAACCUGAUAAAGAUAAACAUGGUUCGUACGCAAUCAUAGAGCCAAUCACGGGAUUCCCAUUAGAGGAGGUGGCUCGGGUUCAAAGCAAUCUAAUCAUUCCGAACCUUCAAGGAUAUACUGCCGAUAUCGAACGUUUCAGUAACAUGAUACUUCCAGGAUUUUGGGUUGAAUAUAGCAUGAAACAGCUUCCUCCAAAUAUGAUUUUCAUGACCAAAAUGAUUGUCAUCUACACGCCAAUUAUCCAGAUAGUAUUAACGAUCCUAGCAUUUACACUGGCGAUAGGUUUUCUCUACUUCGGAAUCAUUUACUUUUUGCAAAUUGAUCCAAAGUCGCCUAGGAAAAUUUUAAUCACAAAAAUGAACCCAUUCAGGGUGAAAAGGAUAACGCUGGUAUCUAAUACGAAUAGGAAAUAGUACUUUAAGGAUGUGCGGUAUGAAAAGCACAUACACAUGCCAAUGUAUUCCUAAGCGUUAAAGUAUAAGUUGUGAAAUAGACUGGGAUAGGUUAAGGUAUGGUAAAUAGUUUUAUAUUCAGUGGCUUAAAAUAAGUUUCUUAUUAUCCUUUUUAAUAAAGGAAGAAUCGAAAAAUGUUCAA